AGGGUGCGGAUUUGUUGCCACCGAGUUUGUAUUUUGUCCUAGUUGGUUACAACCGUGAGAAGCGCGCAUGUUUUGACUUUUUGUGGAUACGAGCCUUGUAAAGUCAAUUGGAGGACGAUAUCUAUGUACCUAGGGCUAUUUAAUGUUUCCAGCACGUUCGCUUUUGCGAGUUUGCACUACUUCCAGGAGCCUAAGAGUAUGAGUUUGGAGGAGGUAAAGGCAAAUGGACCAAACUUGGAGGAUUUUACGGAGGAUGCUUUUGUUGCAGCGUCUUCUUUGGCGGACUUGGCCCUAAGUGGAGGAAGUAAGGAGGAGGUUCGAGAGGUAAGCGUGGAACAACCAAGCGAACCUGAAAUAAGUAAGCAGAUGGGAAAAGACGUGCAGCGGCUUCCAAGCUUUCGCGUUGAAGGAAUAGCCGGGACGCAGUUUACUUCGACAGCUUGCGAAGUAUGUAGCAAAGAAACAGACACCCUCAUAAACACGUAUGAUGACGUCGGUGACAUAAAUGAACCCGAAGGUGUGACUUCUGAAGAGUCAAAGUCAACGGGAACGGCUGUGGCUGAGGGUGGUGAAGAUAGUAGCUGUUUAAAGGUUACAGCUUUGAAUGAUUCUCGUUUGAGCUCCCAUUGUUUGACUUUUGAAGACUCUGAAAGCGGUUCAGAUGAUUCCUUUCGCAGAGAGGUGGGACUGAAGGAAAAGAGCGCGAGCGUUGAGGAUUCAAAGUCCACUCCAGCCGUUGACGAAGAAGAAGAAGAGCUCAACUCAGAAGAUAGCGAGGAAAAAACUCGUUGUCCUUGUGGUAGAAUAGAAAAUUUUGGAACUAUGAUUCAGUGUGAUGAGUGCAGGGUGUGGCAGCAUGCCAAAUGUGUUGGUUUCCGCAAACUUUCAGAAAUACCUGAACAGUACUUUUGUGAAGAAUGUCGCCCUGAUCUAGUCCGUGAAAAUUCUAUCAUUUAUCGGAAGAAGUAUAUGGACAUGAAAAGAUCUAGAAAGGUGCAUACAAGUCGGUCUGAGCUGGAGCGUCUAGAAAGUAUGAUUGAAGACUCUGAAGUUAUCAAGUCUUCAGAACUCAAGUGUUUGUUUUGUAAAGACUUAAAAAAGAAAUAUCAAACUUCCUCUAAAGUGUGGGAUGAUGGGUUGCUGUUUAGAAAGUACUGCAAGUACAUGAAGGACAAUAAUGAGGUGGAAAAAGAAUGUAUUAUUGCCGGUCUAGAAGUAAUUUGUGGACUUGCCAGGUGUGAGGUGGAAGAGAGAUUGGCUGCGUGUGAGAAGGAUCUUUCUGAGAAGGAUGCCAGCGAUGCAGGUCGUGUGAAAGAGGAGAAUGAGGAGAGUCGACUGAUGGAACCAAAGGCAAAGCCCAUUCCAGCUCAGGAAAGAGUGAAGAAGCGCAAACGGACAAGUAUUCUCAAUGACAAUUUGGAAAUUGGAGAUAAGAUGGCUUCAUCGCGCGAGGAAAGAAAGAUGCAACAGAUUUUACUGCAGUUUAAGAGACUUGAAGAACGAGAAGAAAAGAGAAAACACAAGUCUAGUGGACAUGUUAGUGGAACGUCUUUGAGUUGUGGAAACAGUGACGAUAAUCUCUCGGCAAGGUUUAAGAAGACUUCGAAUCGAACCGCUUCUGUGGAUAGUGAUGAAAAAUAUUCAUCAAUGAUGGAAGCAGACGAGGAUGAAAGUGAACGUCUACGAGCAGCAUCGAUUCGAGACUGUCUUUCGACAAGUUCAAGAGAAAUGGAUGACUUCAAGGUAGAGGAGAGGAUUUGGGAGGAAGGAAAUCCUAACAUGCCAUUCCUUAACUUACCCGGUCCUUCCAUCGUUGGCUCGACGAUGUUUUCUGUCGAUUCUUCACAAAGCUUCGUGACAAGUUCAUGGACAGGCAGUCGCUCUGAUUCCGUAACUCGCUUCCAAGGUUUUUGGAAGAAAGAGAAGCUUCUAAAAUUGUUUCGUGAAAGCUUGUCUACUGAACAACAAGACAAUAAGCUAUAUUCACUUAUGGCAAACAGGUCUCAAAAGUCGAUGUCACCUCCUGUUAAGAAAAAAGUAUUAAUGGAUGUUGGAAGUUUCUCAUUAUCGCCAGCGUCUUCCUAUGGUGUCAAAACAAGUUUGGAUGAUAAAGUUGAAUAUGGCGCAGCAGCAACAUCAUCUUCUUUACUGAAUAUUACUCUCGCAGAUGAUUCUAACUCAGAUAUGAACUCUUUGAAUAUUCUCUCACGAAGCAGAACUUCAGAUUCGUUACAUAAGGAUAGUGUGGUUGAUUCUAUUGAAAAUAUAUCAAUCGGAAAUAGUAAGGAUGAACCUGAUGGUAGAUUUUUGAAGAAAAGAGAACCUACAAUGAACGUUGACGCUCGAGGGUUCAAUUUUUCUAAUAGACAUUUUCACAGAGGAGUCUAUAAUGCAUCGUUGAAGGAUAUGGAAGUGGAUAGUACCUUUUCGUCCAAUAUCCGACGGAACUUUAAUCGAGAUCGGUCUCAUAACAACGAAAGUUCAUAUCAACGUCGAAAUGGCAGCCACAACGAAACUGGGGAUGAUAAUGCCGUUUCUUCUAACAUUAUCAGAAAUAUCAAAGGAAGAAGCGUAGUUGGUGCUCAGGGUGACCAUUCUAGAUAUUUCCGUGAGGUGGAUAGAAAUCGAAAGGCCAAUUUUCGUUACUCUCCAAGACAAUGGAGUCCGAAUAAGAAACCUCGCAGAAAUUUCGAUGCUUGGCGCGACUUUCGGAAACAGAAUGGAUGGCAUUGACAGUGGGCGUUAGAGGUUGGUUGUGUUGAUGCCGGUUAGAUUCUGUUA